UUUCUACAAUUUUAAAUUAAAUUUAUUAGAAUAAAUGCUUCGAACACACGCGAUCUAAGUACCUUUUGUGUUUAUUAUACCUUACCUACCUAGGUAUAAAAAGAGUACUUACGUAGAUUUUCUUUUAUUAACUGUUUUAUACGAAGAUCUUGAUCUCUCAAAUUAGCAUCCAUUUUACUUCCAGUGAUUAUCAACUAAAUUAAUAAUCCACAAAGUAUUAAAUAACGUUUUUAUGAAAUAUUUAGCACAAAAACAAUACCCUUUAAAUAUCGAUCGUCAGUAACUGUGGCUGACUUACCUAUAUUCUAGCAAGCAGGACUGCCAGAUGUGAAGGGGAAAUCCCCAAUAAAUUGUUGCAUGUGACUGAUGAUGUGAGCAUGUUCGUUUCAUAAUAAAAAUGUUGCCAGGUAACCAAAAAGUCGUAUGUUUUUGUGCGAAUUACGAUCAUAAUCUUUACGAUCGUACAUUAAAAAAUAGACAAAUAAUAGUAUGAGUACGAUUUAAAUCGUAUAUCUGUCAACCCUGCUAGCAAGACAGCGACAAAAUCACGUUGCAUAACAAUGUAGCCCAAGCUUAUAUCUUAUGAAAUAUACGGAAGAGAUACGGACUUAGAAAAAACAGAAAUGUUGUUCUUUGUGGAAGUCAUUGAUGAAAUUCUAUGUAUUUUAGCCCGCAAACUUUCUUCAAACAAAAACAGCGCCAUCUAGUAUCGAGUUCUGUAAUUAUCUCUUUGUUUAUGGAUUUGAAGUAAGACCGCCACGCAUGCAAUACAUUAUGACUGGGGAUUCCCCUAUUCGUCGACGCUGAAUAUGAGGCGACGACAAUCACUGUCAAACGUGUUCACUAUUACUCUGACUCUGGUAACGUGACUUCCUGGUAACGUGUUAGGUAGGAAAAGCAGUAAAAAAGUGCAUAUUAAGGGAGCAGAUUUGAAAUAAUAUUUAUACUUAACAAGAAAUAAUUAAAGGUUCAAUGGGGAGACCUAAAGAUUUACGCAUAUGGGAGCACUACCGUACUUUACCAAACAAGUCUGUUUCUUGCAAGCUUUGUAAUAAGGUCUACAAAUUCAGUAAUGCUGCCAAAAUGCUUCAACAUCUUAUCACUUGUCCAAAAUCUCCAGAAACAUUAAAAGACUCUAUGAAACUUAUAAAAGAUAGCUCGUCCAAAACCAAAAUGUCUGGACUGUCAGAGAUAGAGACAAAUGAUUCUUUUAUAAGCCCCUCGUCGUCUGCUAACACUACAAUAAAUGCUGAGUUUCAAGACACCGAUGAUCAUAUAAAAACAGAAUUAGCGAGAGCUAUAUUUGUAACAGGGACGCCAUUAUCGAUGGUGCAACAUCCUUUAUGGAUACAAUUUUUCGAAAAAUUGCAACCAAAAUUUAAAAUACCUUCACGUAAAGCUUUAGCGACAAAAUACUUAGAUAAAAUAUAUAGAGAAAUGCGUUUUGAGUUAAAUGAGGAACUAAAUGCUUGUAGUUACUUACACCUUCAGUGCGAUGGCUGGUCUAAUUUAAGAAAUGAAGGAAUAAUAAACUUUCUUAUAUCAAAACCUCAACCUGCAUACGUUAAAAGUUUGAAUACAGAAAGUAAUCCUCACACUAGUGAAUACCUUAGCCAAGAAGUUGAAAAAGUAAUGAAAGUGUAUGGAGCAAAUAAGUUUCUUGUACUUAUUGGCGAUAACGCUAGAAAUAUACAAAAGGCAUUCGAAUUAACAAAACUCAAAUAUCCACAUGUUGUUCCUCUCGGUUGCUGUGCACAUAUCCUUAACUUGUUGUGCCAAGAUAUUGUAAAGAUACAAGAAGUAACUGUGUUUAUUAUGCAAGCCAUUAAUAUAAAAAAAACUGUUAAAAGGAGUCAACGAUUAAGUUCCUUGUUGAUAAAAUCAAGGCAGGGUGAAGAUUCUACACAAACACUAAAAUUGCCUUGUGCUACAAGAUGGGGAAGUCAUGUUACUUCGUUAAAAAGUUUGAAAGCAAAUAAGAUAGCUUUGCAAAUAUUAACAGUUAGAGAAGAUGUGGUAAUUUCAAGAGAUAUUAAAGAUUUAAUUCUAAGUGAUGAUUUCUGGACGAAGACAGGGGAAUGUAUAAGUAUUUUGGAACCAGUCACUGAAAGCAUAUUUUACUUAGAGAGCGACCAGAAUCGUUUGCAUCGCACAUACAUUACAUUUAGAGAUGUACAAGCUAAGAUACGUUUUGCAUUAAAUGAGAUUUCGACAUUGAGCGAAGAAAGCAAACAGCAGAUUCUAACAUCAGUAUCUUCAAGAUGUAAUAUGGCAAUGAGGCCAAUACAUUUUGCAGCAUAUAUUCUAGACCCCAGGACUCUAGGAGUCGAACUUACUCAAGAGGAAGAACUUAAGGGUAUGGAGUUUAUCUACAAUUUAAGCCAACACUUAAGUUUGUCAAAUGUAAUGGCAGAUUUGGCGUGUUAUAAAGCUAAAGAAAACUUUUGGGCCAGAGGAUUUGUAUGGAGCUCAUUAGAUAGCAUUGAGCCCCUAAUAUGGUGGAAAGGUAUUUGUGGUUCCACUGAGUUAAGCAAAGUAGCGAUUCGUAUUCUAUCAGCUCCCUGUACUUCGGCAGCCACUGAGCGUUCCUUUAGUAUCCAAGGCUACAUACAUAAUAACAAAAGAAAUCGACUUACAACUGAAAGAACUGAAAAAAUUUCAUUCAUUUGUUAUAACUGGAAUCUUAAACAUAAAGCUGAAUGCGAGGACAUUCAGUUUAAUGAAGAAAAUACCUUAGAAGCUUUCAUUGAGCAAGUAAAUGAACAUAACAGUUUAGACGAAAUAGAGCCUAUCGAACCUAUACAAUUCAUCGCUUGUAAUAACUCUGAAUCUGACAGUGAUUGACUGUAGUUUUACAUUUUACUUUCAUCUCUUUCUUAAUAAACUCAAAAUCAAAUUAAAAGUUUUUUAUUCUGUAGGCUGCAUAAUAAUAUUGUCUAUGUCCAGUACAGUGGACGUCUUGCGGCUGAGAUGACGAUGAUGAAGUACAAAAUAAUAAACACCCAAAAAUUUGGGUGUUUAUGGGGUUUAAACCCAAUAAACCCAAAACACCCGGUUUUUACCCACCAGACUUUAAACCCACCCAGGUGGAUUGCCCAUCUCUAGCCGGCCCUCGUCUUUUUUUUUUUCUAUUCUUUCUCUAAUAACGUCAUAGAUUAUGUCACCGAAGGGUAGAUAUUUCAAUAAUCAGAUUUAGCCUAUUAUUCGAACUGAACUUUUCUUUAAAUUCAAUUUAAUUAUAUGUUAACGUAUUUUGGUAUUUUAUAUUAAAUUGAUUAUCGAAUUUAUAAAACUUUAAAGGCUCUCAUAAACCUUAUUAAACUGUGUUGUAUGUAUCUUUUUUACACCUGAUGAUAAAAAGGUAAACUAUAAUU